UUUUUGAAAGCCUGAAACCGGAAGUGGUCGCACACAUCCACUCUGGCUAACGGGACGUUUCUCUUCACCAUGCCUCCUUCGCAGACACGUCUGUAUCACUAGGAACGUUUUGAAUUUCUACCCGGAAUCUCUUGUAUUUCCAGGUCCGGUCAAAGCCAACAGGUUGUCAGCGGGAACCCACAGCAGCAGCAGCAGCCGCGUCGUCAUCAAUGGUGUGUCUACAUCCACGAGCCGUCACAUUCUCCUGUGUCCGCUCAAUGAACUAUCUCCUCAGCUCUCAUCAAAGUCGGCUGCACAUGUAUGGCGUUUGCGAAGCUCGGAGGGGAGUUUUGCCAAGCUCAGCACCUGCUGCUUAUUGUGGACAAGUGAACAGGGGGACCCCGGCUCGGCACAAUCACUGCCAUUCACUCAGACAGGUUCUUACUGCCAUCCUGUUCAACCAUAUGAGGACAAGCCAAACCUCGGUCUGCGGCCUGUCCUGGCGAGAAGGGUGGGCCUUGGUUGCAGCCUAGGAACUUUCUUUUUGUCUUCUAUUACAACCCUUCUGCUCUGAUUUGAGUGUGUUUUUCCUGAAUGGGCUGACGGAUUUGAAAGAGGAGGAACAGAUAUUUUUUACAUUUUUUUUCUGCCAAACAAGAUUUCCCUCUGCCGUGUCAAGUUCUUGUCCCUCAAACGCUCUUCCUUUACUUAACCAGAAAUUCAUCGUCAAAGUUUUUAUUGAACGACUGUUGAAGAUUGUAAUCUUUGACUAUAAACCGCACUCAUUUGUUUAUUCUUUAAAAAGAGAAAAGAAAAGCUCAAACUAUAAUUAAAGCUUCAGACUCCAAGUAUUCUAUCAGGCUACAGCUGCUCUCACUCUAUCUAAAAAUGAACCGACCUGCCCCCGUUGAAAUCUCCUACGACUGUCUGAGGUUCCUCAUCACCCACAAUCCUAUUGACGCACAGAUGGGGAAGUUUAUAGAGGAUUUAAAGGCAUUUGGGGUAAACACUCUGGUGAGAGUGUGCGCUGCUACCUAUGACAAGACACCAGUGGAACAAGAGGGCAUACAAGUACUGGACUGGCCUUUCGAUGAUGGUUCUGCCCCACCAGACCAGGUGGUUGAGGACUGGCUGAACCUGCUGCAGGCUAAGUUUAAAGAGCAUCCCGGCUGCUGCGUGGCUGUGCACUGUGUUGCUGGACUGGGACGAGCCCCGGUGCUGGUGGCUCUGGCUUUAAUCGAGUGUGGGAUGGAAUAUGAAGAUGCUGUUCACCUAAUAAGACAAAAACGUCGAGGCGCUCUGAACGCCAAGCAGCUGCAUUACCUGGAGGAAUACAAGUCCAAACUUUGCCUGCGCUUGAAAGACGCCAACGGUCAGAGCUGCUGUAUACAGUAGGAAGCUGACGCUAAAUAAAAGUGAAGUUUUGAUUACAUCUUUCUUUCUCCUACUUGUUUAGUAGCUUUACCUAAAAAUGUAGCAAACUCCCUCAAAUGCUUUGCAUGUAAAAGAUGGUAAAGAAAAAUGUUAAAUCCCAAAGAUUUCCUGUCGGUUAACAUCACAACUGCAGACUGAAGCGCCUACAGUGUUCUUAAGAGAUUGGACGGUUCAUUCAUUCAUGCUUUUAUUAGAACCCAAACUUUUUAAAUAUAUAAAUGUAAUUAGUUUUACAUCAGGAUUUUUUUGUAAUCAGCCAGAAUGAAUCAGUUUGUAGCUCCACUGAAAGCAUCUGAUAACGAUAUCCAUCGUUAGCAUGUGACCAUUUACCACAUCAUAUUUAUUGUUAUUUCUGCAAAGAGGUGUAAAGAUGUUUAUAAUUAUUGGUCCAAAGUGGUUUAUUCUCAAAUAGCAGCUCAUAGUAUUCUAUAAAUCACCACUUCAUCUUCUCAUUCUCUUCUUCUAUGGUUGCUGUGAUCGUUUGGGUCGUUUUUUUCCAGGCUACACUACUUCCUUUAAUGCAAUUAUGGGUAAAUUGACAUGUUAGCGUUGUGGGCUGCAGGAAGAAUAGUGGCACCAUACCUGCCGGUGGGACUGCUCUGACUGAUUACUGUAGUUUCUGCUUGGAGCGCUGUCGAGCUGUGCAAUCAAAAAUGUGUUUAGUGGGAGUUUCUUCUGAUUUCUGUAGUAUUUAUGAAGUAAAGGGCUUCAAAGCAAUGCCCGCUUUAAAUUAUAUUUUGUUAAAUCAUGAAUUCUUUCUUUUUUUUAUGGUUUUGAAUCAUUUUUUUGGGCACUUUUGCUGCAAAAAACAACUUGAAUUGGUGAAAAUGAGACUUCGGAUCACUUGUGUCAAUGUGAGUGAGCUAGCUAACGUGAAGGAUUACUAUAGGUGACGGUUUUUGUACAUGAUCCUAUUAGCUGUGGAGCUUUAAGUCGACCGUUCACUGAGUGUUUUUAAUGCUUUUUAUGGGUGAACUCGCUGUACGGUGUCGCUCAUCAAAGCUCCGCCUCACACUCAAACAUGUUCUGUGAUCGUCUGCAUGACAUCACUGUGCUCUGGGGUGCUUUGUUUAAUAACCUGGCAGAUAAAAAAAAAAAAAAGCACAAAUACAUUUUAGAAAUUGCUGCUGUAGUGUCAGUUUGUUUGUUAUAUAUUAGUGAAACGAUCUCUCAAACACUGUUUCUGUAAAAACAGCCACAGAAGUGAAAGCUCAGUGUCCAUGGUUUAAUGUCCAUCCAGCUCUCCGUAGUUCCUCAACCUGCUGCUGUGCUCACAAUUGGCUUCUGCUCUUUGUGCAUUUUCUGUUUUCCGAUGAUCUUCUCUCCUCUUGUGUCUUGAGCUUUUCGCUCUCGAUGUUGAUGAAGUUUUUGUUUCUUUGUGAGAUGUCUGUCAGAUCAAGAAAACAUGUUGGAUAAAUAAAAGUGUUUGGUGCCUCCA